CACGCUUUACUACCAACGGGUUCGGAAUUCCAGGGAGGAAGUCGCCGAGAUUGGGAAACGAACAACUCCGAAGGUGCCUGAAAACUAACCUGGAUACGAGAAGAAACCAGAACACGGGCAUUCCUCACCGGGGAACAGUAGGAACAGCCAACUUUGGACUAUGGACUAGAGGCGCCGGGUCGCAGCAGAUGGAGGCGGCGAGAAGUUUGGUGUUUGUCGGGGCCGUGCUGCUCGGAGUGACGGGCGCGUUGGCCAGAGAAGUAUGCCUGGGUACAGACAUGAAGCUGGCCCUGCCCUCCAGCCUGGAAAAUCACUACGAGACCCUGAAGCUGCUCUACACCGGCUGCCAGGUUGUCCAUGGCAACCUGGAGAUCACACAUCUUCAUGGAAACCCUGACCUAUCCUUCCUACAGGGGAUCGUGGAGGUACAGGGCUAUGUACUUGUAGCCCAUGUGUCAGUGAGUCUGUUGCCUUUGGACAACCUUCGGAUCAUAAGAGGCAGCCAGCUGUACAACUCCAGCUACGCCCUGGCUGUGCUAGAAAACACUCAGGGUGGACAGGGGCUCAGGACACUCCGGCUUCGUAGCCUCACAGAGAUCCUGUUGGGUGCGGUGUAUAUUUGGGGGAACCCCCAGCUGUGCUUCCCAGACCCCCAGAACAUCGUCUGGAGGGACACUUUGGACGAAAAGAACAUCGACGCCAGGCUGCACCGACUGCAGCCUCGGGCCCCUAAAUGUCCAAGUUGUUCGCCUGCAUGUGGGGAAAGCUGCUGGGGAGAAACAGCACAGGACUGCCAGACCUUGACCCGUAUUAAAUGUGCAUCUGGCUGUCAGCGGUGUAAAGGUCCCCUUCCCAGUGACUGCUGUCACAUGCAGUGUGCUGCUGGAUGCACAGGACCCAAAGACUCAGACUGUCUGGCUUGCCGCCACUUCAACGACAGCGGUGUGUGUAAGGAGAGCUGUCCUCCUCCCACUAUCUACGACACUGUCACCUUCCAGACCAAAUCCAACCCAAACAAGAAGUUUAACUUUGGUGCCACCUGUGUCAAGACAUGUCCUUAUAACUAUCUGGCUAUGGAAGUGGCUUGUACUUUGGUUUGUCCCGGAGCCAACCAGGAAGUUGUCAUCAGCAGCCCCGAUGGAAACGAGACGCAGAAAUGUGAAAAGUGCGAAGGAGACUGUCCCAAAGUGUGUUAUGGUCUGGGCAUGGACAACCUCGGCGUCAUGGAAAACCACGGCGUCACCAUGGUAACAUCUUCCAAUGUGGAGAAGUUCAACAAGUGUAAGAAGAUUUUUGGCAGUCUGGCCUUUCUCCCUCAGAGCUUUGUAAGGGACCCUGCGAGUAACACAUCAGGCCUGACCCUGGAGCAGCUGAGCUCCUUCAAGAAUCUGGAGGAGAUUACAGGUUAUUUGUACAUUGAUGCCUGGCCAGAAAAGUGGGCUAACCUGAGUGUGUUUGAGAACCUGAAGGUGAUCAGAGGCAGGAUGCUCUACAAGGGUGUGUUUUCACUGGCCAUCCAGAAUCUACACAUCCGGUCUCUUGGGUUGCGUUCACUGCGCAGCGUCAGUGGAGGUUUGGUCCUGUUGCACAACAACUCCCAGCUGUGCUACACCAAUUCUCUGCCUUGGGACAAUCUCCUCCAUCCCACCCAGGGACCCCACCGCAUCGUCAGCCAGAACCAGGACGCCCAGCGCUGUGAGGAUGAGGGGCGUGUGUGUCACCCACUGUGUGAGGGGGGCUGCUGGGGCCCAGGGCCCAGCCAGUGUGUGUCCUGCACGGCUUUCCAACGCGGCACUGAGUGUGUAGAGCAGUGUGACAUCUAUCAGGGGUCUGUCCGUGAAUACACAGACGGAUCUUUGUGUGUUGCCUGUCACGCAGAGUGUCGAGCUAUCAACGGCUCUGCCUCCUGUCACGGACCGGGUGCAGAACACUGUUCAGAGUGUCGAAACUUCCAGGAUGGUGAGUUCUGUGUGGAUCAUUGUCCCAGCGGUGUCAAGGAGGAUCAGCAGACCGUAUGGAAGUACAGCAACGCCACAGGACACUGUCUGCCCUGCCACACCAACUGCACGCUGUCCUGCACCGUGAUGGACGACAGAGGCUGCCCCAUCGACACCAGGACAGGACCGGGUACAACCAUCGCGGCUGCAGUGGGUGGGGUGGUGCUCUUCUUCAUCCUGCUGGCUCUGCUGAUCUUCUACCUGAGGAGGCAGAAGAAGCUGAGGAGGAAGGAGACAAUGAGGAGGAUCCUGCAAGAACAUGAGCUGGUGGAGCCUCUAACACCCAGCGGCGCGUCACCCAAUCAGGCUCAGAUGCGUAUCCUGAAGGAGACUGAGCUUAAAAAACUCAGGGUUCUGGGUGCAGGGGCCUUUGGGACUGUUUACAAGGGAGUGUGGGCUCCUGAUGGGGAAAAUGUGAAAAUACCAGUGGCCAUCAAGGUGUUACGAGAGAACACCUCGCCAAAGGCCAACAAAGAGAUCCUUGAUGAGGCCUAUGUGAUGGCAGGUGUGGCCAGCCCCUACGUCUGCCGGCUGCUCGGGAUUUGUCUGACCUCCACAGUGCAGCUGGUCACUCAGCUGAUGCCGUACGGCUGCCUCCUCGACUACGUCAGGGAGAACAAGGACCGCAUCGGCUCCCAGUUCCUCCUCAACUGGUGUGUCCAGAUCGCCAAGGGGAUGAGUUAUUUAGAGGAGGUCCGGCUGGUUCACAGAGAUUUGGCCGCCCGCAAUGUUCUGGUCAAAAACCCGAAUCAUGUGAAGAUCACCGAUUUUGGUCUGGCCCGUCUGCUCGAUAUAGACGAGACUGAAUAUCAUGCUGAUGGAGGGAAGGUGCCGAUUAAAUGGAUGGCUUUGGAGUCUAUUCUGCACAGGAAGUUCACUCAUCAGAGUGACGUCUGGAGCUACGGUGUGACGGUCUGGGAGCUGAUGACGUUUGGUGCUAAACCCUACGACAUGAUCCCAGCCAGAGAAAUCCCAGAUGUUUUAGAAGGAGGAGAGCGACUUCCCCAGCCGCUCAUCUGCACCAUCGACGUCUACAUGAUCAUGGUCAAAUGUUGGAUGAUUGACCCAGACAGCAGGCCGAGGUUCAGAGAUCUGGUGAAUGAUUUUAGCACGAUGGCCAGAGAUCCACCUCGCUAUGUAGUCAUUCAGAACGACGAGCAGAUGAGCAUGUCCAGCCCAGUGGACAGCCAGUUCUUCCGAAUGCUUCUGGAGGAGGAAGGAAACAACAUGAGGGAGCUGCUGGAUGCUGAGGAGUAUCUGGUGCCUCAGCCAAACCUCUUCCCCAGGACUCAGGGAGACGGGGUCCAAGCCAACGGGCCAUCCAGACACCAGUCAUACAGGCAGAGCAGAGAUCAGGGCUUAAAUGUGGAGCCCUCUGUCGCCGGCGGCCCUCGGAGCACGUACUCCUCCCUGAGCACUCUUGGCCGCAGCCAGUACCCUACCUUACCUUUAGGAGCCAGCACCUCCAACGGCAUAUGGAUUCCUCAGUACCCAACGCUGGCUCGCAGCACCUCGGCCGGGGGCCAGUCUGACUCUGUUUUCCUGGAUGGGCCUCCAGAUGACCCCACGCUGCCCCCGGCCAGCCCCGGACGCUACAGCAAAGAUCCUACAUACUCAAACGGGAGCCAGGGCGACUUGGAGACAGAUGGGCCAAAUGGCUUCCAUCAUCCUCCUCUCCUUCAUCACUCACUGCCUAGACGGACUCAUGGGUAUAAUCAUAAUCAUGCCUUGCCAGAGUAUGUCAACCAGGAGAUUCAGGAUCUCAGGCCGGGGAUCCCAGACCGGCCCAGCACUUUGCCUCGUAAAGGCGCCAGAGUAGACCGGCGCCUCCCUAACGGCCUGAGCUCUGGUCACAGCGUGGAAAACCCGGGUUACUUGGUCCCCGUGGGUGCAGUGUCCGCCACCUCUCCGGCCUUUGAUAACCCGUACUACCUGGACCUCGCAGCCAAAGCUAACACUGUAGCCGAGGUUGCAGACAGUCCUGAGAUGAGAGACGGAGGAGUGCCCAAGCACGUGAAUGGGUUUGUAACCCCCACGGCAGAGAAUCCAGAGUAUCUGGGACUAGCGGACACCUGGAGUGGAUAUACUUGAGGAGAGGGAGUAAUGUGAUGAACUCAAGAGGAGUCACAGCUUGCGUUCUACUGAGUGAGUCGAGGAGCGAGAGAAAGGGAAGAUGAAUAGUUGUGUGACAGAAACGAGCUGGGUGUAUGAUUGAUUUUGGGAUAAGUGCGUGCAUACGGAGCUGAAUCUUCUCUCGAUAAGCACCUGAAUCCAAAGCGGUCGAGGUUUUCCAGCACCGCAUCACCCAGUUGUGACACACCAUGGCUCAACACAGUGUAGCAUUAAUCUGGUGUCUGUGGCAUCAUUUGUAUUCCUGUCUUCCUCUCAGCAAUCUGUGUGACUGUUAAGUGCCAAAAAAGAAGUUCACUCAGCCUUUGUGUAUAUAACUCUGUACUUGAUAAACAGAGGAGUUCACGUUUGUCAACAACCCAUCAUGGUACGCGAAGGGUCUGAUCAUCACAGGAUCCAACAUUUGAUCGGUUUAAUGAACGCUGAGGGUUUUUUUAAUGUUCAUUUAACAUGUUUUAAUGUCUGGUUGUUUCAACAACACGUGAAGCUUUUUUUUUUGUUUUGUAUUUCCCUCAGUUCCUUCUCGAUAUGCUCCUCAGCCCAGCUAAAAAAGUGUAAAAGCAAAAAACACUGACAAAGUGAGCCAUGAUAUGCACUGAAGGUGGUGUUUAGUAUUCUGGUCACUUUGUCUCUGACCUGAUGGGGGUCUUCAACACACUCAAAGCCAUUUUGUUUUGGCCGGAGAAGGCCCUGCAGCCCAUCUGGCCAGUAAACAUGCUCACUGAAAGAAAGGCAUCCUGUAUGGAGAAGACAGAGGCAUUGUGCCACACUGAUGUAUGUGGUUGUUAGUGUCUCGGCUGCAGCUACUUUGUGGUACGACAGAGGGGAUACGAGGUACUAGGCUAGACUUUUUAAGCUGAAAAAUCAUGUUUUUGUCAUAGAGACAAAGUGUACUUGUCACCAAGUUAGAGCCGACUUUUCAGGGAUUUAUGAUUUUGCAUAUAAUUUGGGAAAAAUAUGCACAUUUUGAAUUAUGCACCAUGCACUACAUGUUACUGCAUAUGUCCCCCAUGCUUGUGUUAUCACAAUGAGCCUUUUGGUUUUGGUGGCCUUUCACUGUGUAAGAAAGCAUUACAAGCUAUAAGUGAGUAUAUUCCACAACAAGUGAAGAAUUUGCAUAUAUAUAUAUAAACUUAUAUAUAAAGAUGUUUGCUCCCCUUUAUGGAACAAAAAGCAGUUCUGCUGUUUGUGCAAAAGUGAGCACUCGACACUGGAGCUGAAUGUGAAUCUGAGGAGGCAAAAACUUCGCUCUGCUCGGGUUGGAUAAUCAAUGCAUGGCUCAAAUUCCACUCAGCAAGAACACACUGGCAUCCCAGUUAAUAAUCAACAGCCUUUUUUAUUUUAUUUUUGAAGAGCGUUUUUUUCACGUUAACUGGAGUUGGGGCUGGGGGAGGUCAAAACCCGAGUCAAUGGAGCCUUUGUCUGACCCUCAUGUCCAUGUUGGAAAGUCAGCGCUUUCCCAACUCGCACGUCCCAACGACUGAUGUUGUCUCAGCUUUGAAAAGAGAGAAUAGUUUUCUCCUGCAGAGGUUCGUCGUACACAGAAUGUGGUUCAGUGUUUGGGGCAAUAAAUCCCCAAACAAGUCAACUGGGUUGUUGAUAGGCCUGUCACGAUAACUACGUGUAGUGGAGAAUAUAUCAUCCCAGAAAUAAUUGCAGUAAAUGAUAAUAGUGGUAUUUUAAGACAGUUUUAUGCCACUGAUAUGAUUAUGAUAUAAUAGCAAUUAACUUUUAAUAUUAAGAAUAUUCAGACUUUGGAAUGUGAACAAACAAUAAAUAAAAAAUCCUUUAAAAAAAACAAAUAAAAUAAAACAAUAUAUAAUAAAAUGCACCCUCAGGUUAACAAAAAAAAAAAUCACUAUAAUAAAUGAAAUUGAAAUAAAUGUAUGAAUAAAUAUUAAACAUUUGGCACAGAGUUAUAGAGAGUUAUUCCUUAACAGGCAAUAAACUGUCAAACCCUGCUGUUUAUUGUAGCAUCAUGUUGGUUAAAAUUGUUUGUGACAUUCUCAGGUAUACAAACACACAAAAAAUAUCGUACGACACAUGGAAAUGACCUCAAUAAGUCGAUCACGUAAUUAUCAUGACAGGCCUCGUUGUUAAAAUGUACAUAACCCUCCAUCAACACGUCACGUUUUACUCUGAAAGUCUUGAGUAAACAGUCUUCUAUUUUCAUGUUCUCAUACGGGUUUUGAAGAGUUUUGUUCCAGAAAAAGGACCUUUAAGAAUUAAACCUGAUUUUAUAUAACAAUUUCUUACAUUAAAAAAUAACAUGUUUUUUUAUUUAAAAGAAAAAACAUGAUAAUAUUUUAUUUUAAUAGCCUCAGUUAUCAUAGACUAACAUUCUUUAGAAUUGAAUUAUUAUUGAGUGAUAAGAUUCAUAUAACAGUUUUUGUUUCAUGUUUAUAUAUAAUAGAUAUGCAUUAUAUUAUUUUGGAAUGAAACCCUUCAUGUGUAUUGUUGCUGUCAGGUGAACAUCUCAUAUCUCUAUGAAAGCAGACUGUGGAUUGACUAAAAUGUAUCUUUGCAUUACGUCUGAAAUAUUUUGAAAGGAUGUUAUGUGCCUGUGUGUUUUGGGCCCGCCUUUUGUUUUGUGUGGUCCCCUUUCUUUUAUUCUAUUUUUUGAAAGAUCCCCGACGAGCCCGCAAAUAUGUUACGUUCCCACCAGAUGUCUAGGGGGAAGGGGGAGUAACACAGUGAAAUUGAGGGAACUUUCAAAGAAAAGAAAAAGGCAAACAAAACAAAUCGGCAGUUUAAAGGAAGUUUAUUUAAAACGAAAACGGGACCACCAACGAAAAACGAACUCCUAAAGGACACUGGAUCGCCUGUAGCAGGGACACACAAAGAAAAGAUUAAUCACAGCCAACAAACACCUAGCCAAACUCUUAGUUAUUACCCUUGUCUUAGAGACACGCAACUGUCACAGCCUUCUAACCCGCCAGCACUGGCACUACUCCUCCGUCAUCAAUUUAAACCCUCGCUGAUGAGGAAUGAUGAGGAUCAGCUGCAUGCAGAAAAAAAAGAAAGGGGAAAACCCAAAACACAGACGCAUAACAAAGGGUUAAAAGAGAUUAAUGGAUGUAAAAUUUUAACAAAUAAAUGGAAAUUUAAAAGUGCAACAUCCUGACUGGGAUAGUUGGGAUUUUUUGAAGUGGGGGCUCUAUGAGGUGCUUAUCUACAGUCAGUUUAUUACCUACAGUAGAUGGCAAUCAGCACGCCCCCAGUUGGGAGAAGCAGACAGGAGUACUGCCACUAAAGCAAAGUCAUGUACUGCUGUGGAUGGGGGCAGCAGCAAAACAUAUUUUAGCCACCUAAAAAACUAAUAAUAAUUUAAGUGUGUGCUGUAUUAAGAGUAUUUUCUCUGCUUUACGUUGUUGUCAAGACAACCCUUUAUGGCUGAAAACUGAUCUGACAGUGAAACUUACCUAUCCUCUCUUCAUAGUCACCAGACUUCAUUGACAAAAACAGUAAUUUUACCUCACAGAACACAGGAGCUGCUGGUGUACUACUGCCUCGCU